GCAAGGUCUUUAAGUUGAAAUUUUUAAUACUUCUCCCAAAUUAUAUCAUUCAUGUCAUUGAUGGAAGCGGAAUACUUUACAUCAUAAAAUUUUCUAAAUUUCUAGAAAGAUGAAUAAAACAAGAAUUCCAGUCAAUAGUACCAUCAAUUAUUUAAAUACAUCACACAUACAGAGUGGCAGAGUAUUUUGAAGUUUAUUUAAUUGGAUUGUUCUUCAACACGUGAGAUCAAAAUAAACCAUGAUAUCUAUGUAUUUGACUUAGUUCAUGCUUUGGUAGUUUUCUAGUUGGUUUGUUUUGAAGGUGGAAUAAUGGUAUUUUGUAUUACAUUUCCUGUAAUCAAUAAAACUUAUUCUUGGCAAUUUUAUAGGGAUUAUAAGUUAUUUGAAAUCAAAAAUACAAAUAAGGUUGUCUGGAGAGUCAACUAUUUAUUUUCUAAAGAACUCUAAGAAAAUUGGAACCUAAGUAUUUCAGUGAUUUCAGGGAAUAGAAGGAAAGACAUAAUGAAAGAAGAUUUCAACAUAAAAACUGAAAGGUAAGAGGUAAUUCAAGGAUAAAAGAACUUCAGAGACUAAGUCAAAGAAAAUCAUGAAAAACAGUAGAGUUCAAGAGCAAUCAACCCAGAGAAAAGGUUUUGAGCGGACAAAAACUAGGCAUGCAUGAUGCCUUUGCAUUGCAUUCCAUUCAUUAUAAAGACAAUGAAUUAAUCAAACCAUCUCAUUAUUUCAUCACCUAGCUUUGUCUCGUGUCAAGCAUGAAAAAUGACUGAGAAGAACAAGUUUCAAAAAGAAAGAAAACUUUGAAGAGUAUGAACACACGAUCCUUCAAAAAUGGCAAUGGUAAAUGAAUUUCUCAAGCAGGCCUGGUUUAUUGACAAUGACGAGCAGGAAUACAUUAAAACUGUGAAAGGAUCCAAAGGUGGUCCUGGGUCAUCAGUGAGCCCCUACCCUAGCUUUAAUCCAUCCUCAGAUGUUGAGGCCUUGCAUAAAGCAAUCACAGCUAAAGGUGUGGAUGAAGCAACCAUCAUUGAAAUUCUGACUAAGAGAAACAAUGCCCAGCGUCAGCAGAUCAAAGCAGCCUAUCUCCAGGAAAAAGGAAAGCCCCUGGAUGAAGCUCUGAAGAAAGCCCUCACAGGUCACCUUGAGACAGUUGCUUUGGCUCUGUUGAAAACUCCAGCCCAGUUUGAUGCUGAUGAGCUCCGUGCUGCCAUGCGGGGCGCUGGAACUGAUGAAGACACCCUGAAUGAAAUUUUGGCAUCAAGAACUAACAAAGAAAUCAAAGAAAUUAACAGAGUCUAUAAAGAAGAACUGAAGAGAGAUCUGGCUAAAGACAUCACCUCAGACACAUCUGGAGAGUAUCGGAAGGCUUUGCUUUCUCUUGCUAAGGGUGAACGAUGUGAGGAUCUUGCCGUGGAUGAUGACUUGGCUGAUACGGAUGCCAGGGCCUUAUAUGAAGCAGGAGAAAAAAGAAAAGGGACAGAUGUUAAUGUGUUCACCACCAUUCUUACCACCAGAAGCCCUUGCCAUCUUCGCAGAGUGUUUCAGAAGUACUCCAAGUUCAGUAAGCAUGACAUGAACAAAGUUCUGGACCUGGAGCUGAAAGGUGACAUCGAGAAAUGCCUCACAGUUAUUGUGAAGUGUGCCACAAGCAAAUCAAUGUUCUUUGCUGAGAAGCUUCAUCAGGCCAUGAAGGGUAUUGGAACUCGUCAUAAGACACUGAUCAGGAUUAUGGUUUCCCGUUCUGAAAUCGACAUGAAUGACAUCAAAGCAUGCUAUCAGAAGUUGUAUGGCAUCUCUCUCUGCCAAGCCAUCCUGGAUGAAACCAAGGGAGAUUAUGAAAAAAUCCUGGUGUCUCUCUGUGCAGGAGACUAAACAUUCCUUUGAUGAUCUCAAGCUUUUUGAUCAGAAGACUUAUUAACCAUAUCUUUCCAUUCCAUAUCAUAAAUUUAAAUAGGAAAGUUUCUUCAACAGGAAUAUAGUCUAGUAACUCCUUCCUAAAAAGUAUAGCCUAUAAAUCAUUUUUUAUUUCAAUUCUAUAUAAUAGAGAUAAGUUUUUUAAAAAUAUAUUUACUCCAAACUAUAAAACCCCAUAAAGAGGUUGUUCUAGUAACAUUGCUUGAGAAAGAUGUUUAUGUCACAGAAAUUAAAAUGGUUUUACAGGACAAUUGGUGUGUCAUUGGUUCUUCUAUUCUGAUUUUCCUUUGUGUGUAAUGCAGUUGUUUAGUUUGAUAUCAAGGGACAGGAGCCUGAAUUCUAAAUUAUAAUCCUCUAAUGAAAUAGAUUUUACAUAUUAAACAACAUAAAAUAUUCACAGAGUUAGAAAAUGAACUUCAUACAUUUUACCAUUUGGGUACAGAUUAUUGAGAGAGUAUCUUUGUAUAAUAAUGGAUUUAUUGCAUCAGCAUUGUAACAAUUGGAUAUUCUGCUAUAUUUCAUGAACCAGUAUAAAGAUGAAAUAGCAACAGCAAUAAA